GUAGAGAAAAAUGUUGCUGCGAGCAUUGUAUCUACAUUGUUGCACUGCGGGAAAUCAAAGGACGGUCUCAAUGCCCGAAAAGAUCUGCAAUUACUAGAUAUUCGUAAAGACUUGCACCCUAAACCCCAAGGAAAAAGAACGUACCUUCCCGCAGCACCAUGGUCAUUGUCCAAGUCAGAGAAGAAAAUCUUUUGUAAGCGUCUUUUUGACUUCAAAGGUCCUGAUGGGUACUGCUCAAACAUAUCCAGGGGUGUCUCUAUGGAUGAUUGUAAGGUCUCAGGUCUGAAAUCACAUGAUUAUCACGUAUUGAUGCAGCAACUUCUCCCUGUUGCUAUUAGAGGAUUAUUACCCAAAGGUCCAAGAGUAGCUAUUCAACGCUUAUGUUCAUUCUUCAACCAUUUGUGUCAGAGAGUGAUUGAUAGGGAACAGAUUGCUGUUAUGGAAAUUGAAAUAGUAGAAACUCUCUGCAUGUUCGAAAGAUUUUUCCCCCCAAGCUUCUUCGAUAUUAUGGUGCAUUUGACAGUACAUUUAGGCAGAGAAGCUCGUCUUUGUGGACCAGUCCAUUUCCGCUGGAUGUACCCAUUUGAGAGGUACAUGAAAGUUUUAAAGGACUUUGUACGAAAUCCUGCGAGGCCAGAGGGUUGUAUAGCUGAGGCAUAUCUUUCCGAAGAAUGCAUGAUGUUCUGCAGUGAGUUUUAAAAAAAAACUACAAGGGUUGAGGAAAAAACAGAACGAAAUACUGAGUUUGAGAGCAGUACUAUAUUAGAAGGGCGUCCGAUCUCUGCCGCAACUAUAAUUACUCUCACUGACAUGGAGAAAAAAAUUGUGCAUCUUGCUGUUAUUCAGAACAUGGCAUUGGUGGAUCCUUUUGUUGACAUGCACCUUGAAUAUCUUCAAGACUCUAAUGCAAAAUGUAGACGUGAUGCAACAGUGUUAUGGAGAACACAUACUCAGACUUUUGCAGCUUGGUUAAAAGAACAGAUACCUAUCAAUUCAGGAGAACAUGGAGAUACACUGAAAUGGUUGGCAUAUGGUGCACGAAAUGACGCAAGGUCGUAUACAGGUUACAUAGUGAAUGGGCAGCGAUUUCACACAAUUUCAGUUGAUAGGCAAAGCCAGAACAGUGGGGUUUUUUAUGAGGCUACAGCGAUGUGUAGAGCUAGUGCAAAGGAAAAUUCACAAGUCGUUGAUUUGGUAUCAUACUACGGCAGAAUCACCGACAUCAUAUUGUUGGAUUACAACGUCUUUUAUAUUCCAAUAUUUAGGUGUCAAUGGACAGUUAAAGGUAAUGGGGUCAAAGUGGAAGAUGGCUUCACACUUGUUAACUUGAACCAAAGUCAAGUAUCCUUUAUGAGGGAUCCAUACAUAUUAGCUUCGCAAGCCAAGCAAGUCUUUUAUUCAAGGGAAGAUGAUUCAUCAAGUUGGUAUGUUGCGCUUAGAGGCCCUUCAAGAAAAUACAGUGAGGAUACUGCUGAAGAUCGUCUAGAUGUUGGGCCAUUGCCAUCAGUUGUGGACAUGGAUUUUGAGGACUCAAAUGAUGGAGCUUGUUGUGCCAGAACUGAUUCUGAAGGAAUCUACGUGUGAAAGAAUAGUAUAGUUGAAUUGUUUAUAGUUUGGUACUGAUAUUAGUAGAUUUUGUUGCAUUGUUGGAUGAUGAAGCUAUUACCAGUUUUUGUUAUGUUUGAUUUUCAUUAUUCUCUACUUUUCUUGAGUUUGCGUUUGACUUUUGUCUUGAUUACUUUGUUACUCUAACUGUGAGUUCUUCAAUACUUUGAGUUUUAGUUAAUCAAAAGUGUUUUCCUGUUUCAG